AAAGAUAAAAAAACAGAAGAAGAAAUACGAUCUAAAAUUGUACACAUGAAUUCAGAAUUUGACACUCUGUCUCCAGCAAAGAACCUUAAACCCUCACACUGUCGACUACCAAAACCAGAGUAGCCGCCACCGAAAUGGCCGCCGACAAAAUCCAAACAUUCAACGACUUUGUGAAGGUCCACGGUCUAUUACUGGAAGCUUCGGGGAUACCCAAGUCACUGUAUAGACAGCUCUUCCAGAAGCUCUCGACCGAGACCUUCGAUGGCGGUGACUUCUUUCAGGUCGAGCCAUGCGAGGAUGGCAGACAGAGGCGUCUCGUACUCACCUCGGACUCCAUGGAGAAGGAGUCCCAAGUGUUCCUCAUCGACCACGCCUGGACUUUUCGCCUCUCCGAUGCCCUAAAACAGUUGGAAGAAGUUCCUGGGUUGGCUGAGAGGAUGGGUUCCUUGAUGUGUGUUGAUAUUGAUUUGAAUUCAGAUGUUGAGGAGGCGGAUUAUGAAGGUGGUGGUUCAGAUGAGAAUAAUACCAAAUUGAAUGUCGUUGAGAUGGUGGAGAGUCAAAUUCGCGGAGCCAAAGAGAAAGGUGAUGACACUGUGAGAUGGUUGGAGCUUGAGGAGCUUGACAUUGAGGAUGCUACAUUGUUAUCACUCAACUUGCCACGUAAAUUUCAAAAUUUGCUUGCGCUUAGCGUGCGUGGAAACAACCUCAAGGAUGUGGAAGGCGUUACGCAAGAAAUCACCAAAUUGAAGCAACUAAAGGCUGUUUGGCUAAACGAUAAUCCAAUUCUACAGAGCUGUGAUGAUCACGUGGCAGAUACUAUUCUUCAAGGUUGUCCCGGAUUGGAAAUUUAUAAUUCACGUUUCACCCAUAAUUUUGGUGAGUGGGCCUUUGGAUUUUGUGGAGGAAUAUACAAUGAGGAGAAUCCAGGCUGUUUCCAUCAGAAUGACCAUCCGUUGGAGAGUGUGACCUCUCUUGACCUUUCAAAUAGAUGCAUUCACAAUUUAAUUAAUAAGGCUUUUUCUCCUGUCGAGAUGCCAUCUCUUUCAUAUUUGAAUAUUCGAGGAAAUCCAUUGGAACAGAACUUGGUUCACGACUUAUUGGAGAUCUUAAAGGGAUUCACUUGCUUAUGUGCUCUGGAGGUGGACAUUCCAGGGCCUCUUGGAGAAAGUGCUCUCGUAAUUAUUGAAUCUCUUCCUAAUCUUUCUUUACUGAAUGGUGUCAAUACAUCAAAAGUUCUAGAAUCUGGAAAGUGUGUGAUCGAUUCAAUGCUCCGACCACGUCUCCCUGAAUGGGCUGGCAAGGAACCUCUUGUUGUUCGUGUUAUCAAUGCAAUGUGGUUGUAUUUGAUGACGUAUAGACUCGCAGAUGAAGAAAAGAUUGAUGAAACCUCUGUAUGUUAUGUGAUGGAUGAACUAGGUUCGGCUUUGCGGCAUAGUGAUGAACCAAAUUUCAGAGUGUCUCCUUUCCUCUACAUGCCAGAGGGUAAACUGGCGUCAGCUGUGAGCUUUUCAAUUCUAUGGCCUAUCCUAAAUGUUAAAGAAGGCGACGAGUGCACUCGUGAUUUUCUAUUUGGUAUUGGGGAGGAGAAACAACGUUCUGCCAGACUUACUGCUUGGUUUCUUACUCCGCAAAAUUAUUUUAUUAAGGAGUACGAGAAAUACUGGCAGAAAUUGAAAGCAAUAAGUUUUUCCUCCCCGCCUGCGAAUUCAUCUACAACCUAUAGUCUGCUUCGCAGUAAUGAAAGUGCUUUACGCAUUCACUCGGAUAUACCUCAAGUGGAAGAAUUUUUGACUCGUCCUGAAUUUAUAUUCACAUCUGACCCAAAAGAGGCAGAUAUAAUAUGGACAAGUAUGCAGGUGGAUGAGGACACGAGAAAGGCUGCAGGACUGACAGAUCAACAGUACAUAAAUCAAUUUCCAUUUGAGGCUUGUCUUGUCAUGAAACAUCAUUUGGCAGAAACUGUUCAGAAGGCACAUGGAUCUCCUGAAUGGUUUCAGCCUACUUAUAAUCUUGAAACGCAUCUGACACAGCUUAUUGGUGACUAUUAUAUACGCAACAAGGAUGGGCUAGACAAUUUAUGGAUCUUAAAACCGUGGAACAUGGCAAGAACUAUCGAUACUACUGUAACUGGUGAUUUAUCUGCUAUUAUCCGUCUCAUGGAGACCGGUCCAAAAAUAUGUCAGAAAUAUAUUGACCACCCUGCUUUAUUCCAAGGAAGGAAAUUUGAUCUCCGUUACAUUGUUCUUGUUCGCAGCAUGAGCCCCUUGGAAAUAUUCCUUGCUGACGUUUUUUGGGUUCGAUUGGCAAACAAUGCAUAUUCUUUAGACAAGCGUAGUUUUUUUGAGUAUGAGACUCAUUUUACUGUUAUGAACUACAGGGGUAGACUGAAUCACAUGAGCACACCAAAAUUUGUUAGGGAAUUUGAAGAGGAACAUCAAGUUAAAUGGUCGGAUAUCCACCUGAGAGUUACAAAUAUGAUCAGAUCGGUUUUCGAGUCAGCUGCGGUAGUGCAUCCAGAAAUGCAUAGUCCAAUGUCUAGGGCCAUGUAUGGUGUGGAUGUCAUGCUUGAUUGCCAUUUCCUGCCGAAGUUACUGGAGGUCACCUACUGUCCUGAUUGUACUAGAGCCUGCAAGUAUGAUACAGAAGCCAUAUUUAAAGGAGAAACUGUCAGGGGUAUCGACUUCUACAAUUACGUGUUUGGUUGUCUCUUUUUAAAUGAAACUACUCAUGUAUCCCCAUUGUAACUGGGACUUAAAGAAGAAUUUGUAGUCAUUUGCUAUUGUUCUUUGGCAUUAAGGUUUGAUAUGUGAUAUGAUUGAAGGCUCAUUGUUCCUUUUAAGGCUUCUUGUCGACUUGUCUAUUUCUGGUUAUCAGAAAUGAAAGAACAGACAACGGCCAUCUUACCAAUCCCUUUCGUUUGCA